ACAAAUUAAAAUGAUACAACGAACAGCCUCCCAACAUACACAUCUUCUUCAACAAAACCAACAACCACCAAAGAAACUACACCUCCUCCCUCUCAUCUUCCUCAUCUUCUUCGAGGUCGCCGGCGGCCCCUACGGCGAGGAGCAAGCGGUGGGGGCGGCUGGCCCCCUCUUUGCCAUCUUGGGCUUCCUUAUUUUUCCCUUCAUUUGGAGCAUUCCUGAGGCCCUAGUAACUGCUGAACUUGCCACAACUUUCCCUGGAAAUGGAGGCUAUGUCAUUUGGGCUCACCGCGCCUUCGGCCCCUUUUGGGGUUCCCUCAUGGGGUCCUGGAAAUUCCUCAGCGGGGUCAUCAACUUGGCCUCAUAUCCAGUUCUUUGCAUAGACUAUCUCAAGUUAAUUAUUCCGGUUAUUUCUUCAGGAAUUCCUCAUUAUUUUGCCGUCUUUUUAUCUACUUGUGUUUUAUCUUUUGUUAAUUACACAGGCUUGGCUAUUGUGGGUUACACUGCAGUCACUCUAGGAGUUUUUUCGCUUUUACCAUUUGUUGUUUUCACCCUUAUUGCAAUCCCCAAAAUUGACCCUGCAAGAUGGAUCAGUUUGGGCCAAAAGGGGGUAAAAAAAGAUUGGACAUUGUUCUUCAAUACCCUUUUUUGGAACUUGAAUUUUUGGGACAAUGCUAGUACUUUAGCCGGUGAAGUUGAGCACCCACAAAGCACUUUCCCGAAAGCACUUUUCUCAGCUGGGUUGCUUACCUGUUUGGCCUAUUUGAUACCUCUACUUGCUGCCACUGGCGCAGUACCUUUAGACCAAGAAAAUUGGGUUGAUGGGUAUUUCGCCGAUUUGGCUGAAAUCAUUUCAGGAAAAUGGUUAAAAAUAUUUGUCGAAAUUGGGGCUUGUUUGUCAAUUAUUGGACUUUAUGAAGCUCAAUUAAGUAGUUGCGCAUACCAAAUUCUUGGCAUGACAAAUUUAGGGAUUUUGCCACAAGUGUUUGGGGUUAGAUCAAGACAUUUUGGGACACCAUGGGUAGGGAUUUUGAUCUCAACAUUGAUAGCUCUUGCAGUGUCUUACAUGAACUUUUCAAGCAUAAUUUCAUGUGUAAAUUUCUUGUAUAGUUUAGGGAUGUUGCUUGAAUUUGCAUCAUUUUUAUGGCUUAGGAAAAAAUUGGCUGAAAUUGAGAGGCCAUUUAGAGUGCCAAUGGCGGUGCCUGGCCUUGUUGUUUUGUGCUUGGUUCCAUCUGUGUUUUUGGUUUAUGUUAUGGCUGUAGCUACUAAAACUGUUUAUUUGGUGAGUGCAUUGCUCACCCUUUUUGGGAUUUUUUGGUACUUCUUCAUGAAAUUUUGUAAAUCAAAGAUGUGGUUUGAGUUCAAGAACGUUGAAGAGGAAUUUGCUGAUGGGGAGUUUGAUUAAGAUUUUUCUUUUUAGCCAUUAGAUUGGUGUCGUAUUCAUUUUUAGGCACUCUAAUGAUGUAAAUCUGUUCUUUGUAUAUACGUUCGGAAAUGGAAUAUUUUUUAGACAGCUUAAAUACAAGAAAGUUUCAUUUUUUUGUGUUUAUAA